AUGUCGUCAAGAAUGUGUCGUGAUUCUCUUGAAAAUUUCUGUGAAGGUGUUAUCUCUCUGUACGGGAGACGAUAUUUGAGGAUGCCAACCGUCGCCGACGUUCCACUUCUAUACGAGGCCCAUCAGCGCAUACACGGGUUUCCUGGGAUGUUGGGUAGUCUUGAUUGCACGUACCGGGAUUGGACGGCAUGUCCAACCGCUUGGAAAUGGCAACAUCAUCGUGGUGACCACGAUGAUCCUACCCUAAUAUUACAAGCGCUCGCUUCUCAAGAUUUAUGGAUUUGGCAUGCGUACUUUGGCAUGACCGGUGCGAACAAUGACAUCGCAGUUUUAAUGUCCUCGAAUCUUUUCGACGAUGUCAUAGACGGUGUUGCAUUAGAUACUUCAUUCUAUGCAAACGACGUAGAGUAUAAGUAUGGGUACUAUCUCACAGACGGUAUUUAUCCCGAGUGGGCGACGUUGGUAAAAAUUCUUUCUUGUCCAGAUGACGAAAAAAGAUUGUAUUUCAAGAAAAACAAGAGUCAGCAAGAAAAGAUAUCAAGCGGGCUUUCGGUGUGUUAA